GUAGUGUUUCCUUCAGGCAUCUUUCCGUGCCGCUGGUUAAAGCAUUUUCUAUAUAAAUUAUUAACUUAAAAAAAUGUCGUUCAGGAGGAGUGGUGGUGCUUAAAUUCACUGGAAGGAAAUCAUACUGUAAAAAAAGAAAUACAAAGAAAAGGAACUGUCAAAAACUGAAAUCAGGGAUUUAAAAAAAAUACAUGAAAAUCCUCCUUUUAAAAAUGUUUUAUAAACAUACAGUUAUUCUUACAUUAUGGAGUGUACUAACUAUCGCACAAACCAAAAUAAUUGCUAACUUUGUAAUGCCCCAUGGAGGUAUUGCCCUUGCUCCAACACACUUUAAUUCUACAAAUUCAACAGCGAUAGCGAUGGCUUGGAAAAUCCAUGAUGCAUGCAAACAAGUAGGCGAAGAAAUAGCAAGACUUGAGCCUGACACAGUAUUCUUGAGCACACCACAUGGUAUAUCAGACCUGAAAAACUUUGUUCUGUAUUUAAAUCCUACAGCAGAUGGUUUUGCCGACACAGACAACUGCAACUGCCCACCUUGUUGCUAUUCAGCAUCUGUUAGUGUUGAUGUUGCUUUAUCGCAAGAAAUUAUGAACGUCUUAGGUUAUCAGAGAAAUGUGUCUGGACUUAGCGCUUUUGGUCCCCCUGGACAAAGUGACUCACCAUUUCCCCUUAGAUGGGGUGAAGUGAUUCCCUUGCACUUUAUCCCUGGACUCAACGCCACCAAAGUUGUUAUUGUCUCACAGCCGAGCAGACGCUACACACAAGUGACUGAUAUGAUUCCAGAACUACUUCAACUAGGAUCAUCGCUCUACUCAAUUUUGGAAACAUCCUCAAAAAGAAUAGUUGUUGUUAUUAGCGCUGAUUUGGCCCAUACACACGAUGCUAGUGGACCUUACGGGUACUCUAAUGCAUCUGAACCAUUUGAUGAGGCUUGUGGUAGCUGGGCCUCAUCCUUGGAGUCCUCAGACUUGUUGGUUAAAGCUGCGUCUUAUGUUGAUAAAGCUAUGUCUUGUGGCUUCACUGGACUGGUCAUGUUGCAGGGGUUAAUGGAGGCUGGAAAUAUAAAAAGUUGGAACCCAAAGUUGCGGGUCAAUUAUCACCCUUCCUACUAUGGUAUGAUGGUGGCGUCAUUUGACAGAGAAUAUGAAAAGGCUUCUGUGAAACAAAACAAGUAGUUCUAUGUUCAUUUUAUUGUUGAACUUUAAUUUUUAUUUAAUUAAUU